GAAUCAGAUAAAUAAUAUCACUUUCCGAUACCUGGCUGACCUUCACUGACUUGCCACAUGCGCAGACGCCUUAUCCGUACAUGAACACGACUCGGGUUCAUAGAGGAUUCCAUAAAUCCUUCGAGUACUCGUUCAAGGAUACCCUAGGUAUACACAUACCGCGCUUGCUUGAAAGCAAUCCCGACUAUAGGUUGAUCAUAACUGGGCAUAGUAUGGGGGGUGCACUGGCCACGCUUUGUACUACCUAUCUGGCAGCAGUGAUGAAUAUUCGUGCCACCAGUUUGAUUACAUUCGGAGCACCGAGAGUCGGCAAUGUGGAUUUCUCACAUUGGUUUGAGACGCUGAAUAUCCUGAGCUAUCGGUUCACACAUGGCAGAGAUAUUGUACCGCACCUUCCGCUGAAUGUAUAUGACUACCUCAGAUUCCGGCACAUACCAAGAGAGAUCUGGCAACCCAAUGGCGUGAAUGCAACUGUUCAGCAUGUUUGUGACACCUCCGGGGAGGACCCCCUGUGCAGCGACUCUCUGUAUUUCGCCCUGAGUAUUUCAGAUCACAUCCAUUACCUUGGUAGUAAAAUAGGCACUUCGGAAUGCGUACUGCCAUAGCACCACUAAUGAGACGGAUCCAUUUGUCCUACCAAUGAGAGGGAUUCAUUUGUUCUGAAGGUGCAAGUGGAUGCGCAAUGCUACGCGAUGAAGAUAUACUAUGCCUAAAGGUGUCUUACAAAUCUCAAUUGUACGGCAUACUUCGAAC